AUCUCUUACUGGGCUGCAGGAAGUAGGCGGUGCUUCCACGCGAAAGCGGAAGUUAGGGAUCGCUUUCGGAAAGACGUCCAAAUAAACAGUAGCAUGGCCAGGAGAUAAUAUUUUCCGACCAGUUUUUGCAUGGCUUGUACUAUUGUAAACGUGUCGAUGCUGAUGCAUAAUAGAAGCCAUACGUCGCAUCGACUUGAAUUUGUUAUAAUGGUGUAGUCCAACUUAACCGCAUCGUGUCAAAUAAUAUGCUUACAUCUGAACUGUAAAAUUGUAACACGGGACUGAUGUCGGCAAAAACGAACACCAGCAAAUGUAAAGAUAGCGGCGAAGUAGUUAAAAACUACCACAAGCAAGCGUUUGAGUAUAUAUCCAAAGCACUACGGAUUGACGAAGAUGAUACAGGAGAGAAGGAAGAGGCUCUGCAGUGGUACAAGAGGGGGAUUGUUGAACUGGAAAGCGGCAUCGCUGUGACGAUCACAGGACAAGGAGAGCAGUAUGAGCGGGCUAAGAGGCUUCAGGAGAAAAUGAUCACCAACCUUACCAUGGCUAAAGACAGACUUGCUCUUAUAGAGGCCACAUUGGCUUCUAAAGGCAGAGGUCAAGCCCAAAAUACCAAGAAUAACGCUCAGCGACAAACAAAACCUCCUCCCAAAAGUGAGCCUAAGGUCCGAGGGACGCCCAAAAAUAUCAGACCCUCCUCAGCAGGAAGACCACCUUAUAGAACUGCUGAUUCAAAGGUAACCCCACAGAUGGUUAGGCCUUCAAAACAGCCUUACAAGAGGGAGCUGAAAAAUUUCAAGAAUGUGGACAGCAAACUGGCAAACAUGAUCCUGAAUGAAAUUGUAGACACAGGGGUGUCUGUAACAUUUAAUGAUAUCGCUGGCCAGGAUCUGGCCAAACAAGCACUCCAGGAGAUUGUUAUUCUUCCUGCCUUGAGACCGGAGCUCUUCACUGGCUUGAGAGCUCCGGCACGAGGUUUGCUCUUAUUUGGCCCACCUGGAAAUGGGAAAACCAUGUUGGCUAAAGCAGUGGCAGCAGAGUCAAACGGCACAUUCUUCAACAUGAGUGCAGCCAGCUUGACAUCAAAAUUUGUUGGAGAGAGUGAGAAGCUUGUCCGGGCGUUGUUUGCAGCUGCCCGCGAAUUACAACCGUCUGUCAUUUUUAUUGAUGAAGUUGACAGCUUGCUCUCUGAAAGGCGGGAGGGCGAACAGGAGUUCUCCCGUCGUUUAAAAACUGAGUUCCUCAUUGAAUUUGAUGGGGUGCAGUCUGGAGGAGAUGACAGGGUACUUGUCAUGGGAGCCACAAACAGACCUCAGGAGCUAGAUGAAGCAGUUUUAAGGCGCUUUGCAAAAAGGGUCUACGUGACCUUACCUGAUGAGAAGACAAGGUCCACCCUUCUGCAGCAUCUUUUAGCGAAACACGGGAGUCCACUGUGCAAGAAUGAGUUGAGCUGUCUUGCAAAAGUAACUGCUGGAUAUUCUGGAAGUGAUCUGACAUCCUUGGCAAAAGAUGCCGCACUUGGGCCAAUUAGAGAAUUGGGACCAGAGCAAGUCCGGCACAUGGCUGCCAGUCAGAUGCGCAACAUCAAGAUGAAAGACUUUGAGGAUUCCCUGAAGCGGAUCAAGCCCAGCGUUAGCCCAGCAACCCUCAAUAUGUACAACCAAUGGAACAAAGACUUUGGUGACACAACUACAUUUUGAAUUUAGAUAGAAGGGGGAGGAGGGCGGAGAAAAUACUUUCCUUGAUAACUACAAGAUGAUACUAACAACUGUGAUCUUUUGUCGAACCUUCCCUGUAUAAUAACUAUGUUUGAAUUGACUGUUUUUAUGGGGAAACUGUAUUGAUGCAAUUUUCUAUGAAUUCAAAAUGUGGUUUGAUUAACACGAUCCACAGCACUGUUGAAUAUUAUUUAUUCACAAGAAUGUCCUGAAGAUUUUUUUUCUGCCACAAGAGGGCAGCACACUUAUGUAAUACCUUGAGUAGCUCAAUUACAGAGUAGUAGUACUAGUAGCAGCAUGGCGUUACCUUCAAUCAUUCAUCCAUCCAUUUUCCGUACAGCUUAGCCUCACCCAGGUCGCAGGUGUGCGUAAGUCUAUUGCAGCUUACUUCUAUAAAAUAUGCUCUCCACAACUAGAGGAAGUCAUUGAAAAAUCAAUUUUUUUUUGGUCAUUUUUACAUCGAAUGAAGUCUUCCUUGUCUAGUUUUUUUUUUUUACAAUUAGCAUAUCUCAGUUAACUGAAUAAAUUGUCGAGUGUCUGAUACAGAUGUUUUAGCAUUAAACAAUUGACUGCAUUGCUGGUUGAUUCAGAGCUUCAGUAUUGAAUAGAGGCUGCUGCAGAUAUGUAUGAAGCUGCUCUCCAACUCUCUCUGUGGUCUUGUUGGAUCUGGAAUCUGGCCCAUUUUACAAGCAGCCGAAGAUGAGUGGAAUGCUGUGAAACUGAAAAUAAAUACAGU